CCAACGAAAAGUGAGGAUUAUUCUCCGAUUAAACUGUCCUUAGUUAGCUAACGAUCACUUAAACGGUACUUAGCGCACAGUGUGGUACAUGGUUGCCAGACUUGAUACUACAUUUACACUCUCGCCUCGUGCUUCGUCUCGUAUCACAGCUCGCACCUCGCACGAUUGAUGGUAAAUGAGUGUCUGUUCACAUUCUCGUGGUGAGUUCAGUUGUGUUCAAGCUAGCCAGAAUGGAGGACGUCGAAUUGUUAGCGGCAACAAGUCUUUGCUUACUGAGUUUCUACUGCUAUGCAAAUAAUUUACAUAAAAGAAAAAUAAAAAAAAGACGGAAACCAAGAAGAUGGUGGUUGUUAUCAGUUCAUCGCAACAGAACUCCGUAAAUAUCUAUUUUGAUUAAAAUACAAUUUUAUUGUCGUUAAAAGUCGUAGGGAGGAACUUUUCACACCUCAUAAGUAUAUUACAUUUUUUAAAUGUAUUUCUUUUUUUAAUUUUAGGCAAAGUAUGGAAAUAAUGUUUCAAGAAAUGCUCAAUGAAGAUUCUGGCGAGUUUAAGAAUUUUUGCAGAAUGUCGCCAAAUGAUUUUGAUUUUUUGCUAAGCAAGGUGGAACCUUUAAUUACCAAGCAAAAAACUGGACUCAGACUACCCAUCCCAGCAAAAGUACGCUUAGCUCUAACUUUACGAUUCUUAGCUUCAGGCGACAGCUACAGGAGCCUUCACUAUCUAUUCAAAAUUUCUAGUGCAAGCAUGACAAGCAUUAUACAAGAAGUGUGUAUGGCUAUCAACACAGUCUUAAAGGAUCAAAUUAAGAUGCGGCGCACUACUACAGAAUGGUUAAACAUAGAAAGAGGUUUCAACAGGAAAUACCCACAUUGUGUAGGUUGCAUCGAUGGCAAACACGUUGUGAUACAAUGUCCAAUCAACAGUGGCACAGAAUACUAUAAUUAUAAAGGAACAUUUAGUUUUGUGCUCUUAGCUUUAGUUGACAGCAAUUACCGCUUCAUAUUUGCCGAUAUUGGGGCUCAGGGCAGAAUUAGCGACGGAGGAGUAUUUAAAAAUAGUUUACUUUGGGAAACAAUUUCGACAGACACUAUUAUUUUACCUCCUGAUAGUCCACUUUCUGAGGGACAAUGUAAUAUGCCAUAUGUUUUUCUUGGAGAUGGGGCAUUUGCGUUAAGCAAACACGUGAUGAAACCUUUUCCAGGAAACCAUAUCAUGGGUUCAUUACAACAAACUUUUAACAUGAGAUUAUCUAGUACACGUGUUAUCGUUGAAAAUGUUUUUGGAGUUUUAACAACAGUUUUUAGGAUAUUUAAAAAGCCCAUGGAAAUUAGGAAAGAUAAAGCUAAACUAAUAACGAUGACUUGUAUUCUAUUGCAUAAUUUUCUCAGAAAUACUAGAACAUCUAGAGACAUUUACACACCUCCUGGUACCUUUGAUACAGUUGUUGAUGGUGAAAUAAUUAACGAAGGCUCUUGGAGACGAAAUGUUUCUACUAAUCAAGCUAUAAGCCUAUACCAACUGUAGGUCGACGUGCAUCACAGAGCGCCAUAGAAAUAAGAAAUGAGUUUGCUAGUUUUUUUCUAAGGCAAAAUUGUUAAAAUAUUGGUACAUGUUGUCAUAAGAUAGAUUAUAAUACAUUCAUCGUAUCAGAUCCUUCAUGGGUUAAAAAAUCAGUCUAGCAGAUAUAAUUUUAAUAGUUGUUAAAUUAUAUCUUCUAGACUAAUUUUUUUAACCCAUUUUAGCUAGUAAUAGAGCUGAAAAAAAUACUUGUUGUAGGUACUUAUUCUUGAUAGCAAC